CGGCGGGCAAGUCCCGCCCAGAGCGGGGCGGGAGCGGCGGGGAUUGAGGUGCUGCCGGCGUGGGACGAGAGGAGCUGCCGGCGGACGGUCCCGCCGCGGGAAUUUUUCAGAUCUGAUUUUUUUUCCCAUUACAAUAGCUGAAGAAAAAUGUCUUCCCUGAGUGGAAAGGCACAAACUGUGCUGGGCCUGGUGGAGCCGGAGCAGCUCGGCUGUACAUUGACUCAUGAGCACUUGUCCAUGGACUACAGCAGCUUCUUCUGUCCUCCUUCACCAGGCCAAGAGCCUUUGUCUGAGGGGCCCAUCCAGAUGAAGAACUUAUUUUGGAUCAAGCAGAAUCCCUACAGCCAUAAAGACAACCUUCUUCUGUGUCAGGAGAUGGAUGCCGUGAGGGAGGAGCUGCUGCAUUUUAAAGCAGCAGGUGGUGGGACUAUCGUGGAGAACACGACCACGGGAAUCCGUCGGGAUAUGAAGACUUUGAAGAAACUCGCAGAAGAAACCGGAGUCCAUAUUAUUGCUGGGGCUGGGUUUUACGUGGAUUCCACACAUUCUUCUCAAACACAGGCUAUGACAGUGGAGCAGCUCACAGGCAUCAUUGUUGAUGAGAUCCUCCACGGAGCAGAUGGGACUGACAUCAGGUGUGGAGUAGUGGGAGAGAUCGGCUGCUCCUGGCCCAUGACUGCAAGUGAACGCAGGGUGCUGCAGGCAGCUGCACACGCACAGGCACAGAUUGGGUGCCCCAUCAUCAUCCACCCUGGCAGGCACAGCGAUGCACCCUUCCAGAUAGUUCGCAUCCUGCAGGAAGCUGGGGCUGAUGUUUCCAAAACAGUCAUGUCUCAUCUUGACAGGAGCAUAUUUGAUACAAAGAAACUUCUGGAAUUUGCUAAACUUGGAUGCUACUUGGAGUAUGACCUAUUUGGCACAGAAUUUAUCUAUUACCAGCUCGAACCUGACAUUGACAUGCCAAGUGACAAUGACAGAAUUGCAAGGAUUCGUAUGCUGGUCAAUGAAGGCUAUGAAGACAGAAUUCUGAUGGCUCAUGAUGUGCACACGAAGAAUAGGUUGAUGAAAUACGGAGGUCAUGGAUAUUCACAUAUCCUCAAAAAUAUUGUUCCUAAAAUGCUGGUUAGAGGCAUUUCCCAGGAGAGAAUUGAUAAAAUACUGAUAGAAAAUCCAAAGAGGUGGCUGACUUUUAAGUAAGAAUAGUGAAUGAAUAUUCCUACCUUAUAGGAAGGAUUGAUACAAUUCAGAUUUAGGAGAGCAGCCAUUUAAAUACGUGCUUCUUUUUGGUGAUCCAGAAGGUAUUAGUGCUAUGAACAACCUGACUAUGACUUUUUAAUUAGACCAAAAAAAUUACUUAUUUUCUCUGUAUUUCCUCCCUCCUAGAAGUCCAUUCGUGAAUGAUUUGCUGGAUGCGCACAUAUCUGCAAAACCUUUUGGUAUAUUAAAGUAAUUGUUACCAAAGAGUAAUCUCAUAUUAUUAUUACAUUAUCCAAAAAUAUUUUUGAAGGAGCAUCAUCUGGGCUUUGAAAGAAAUUACAGUUUUCAAUUAAAUUCCCCAUCUCCAGGGUGUGAUUUUAAUUCGUGUAAUAUUGAUAAUCUGCUAAUUAUCCUUUUAUUAAGCACUAUUUAAAUGAUAGAAGGUCUGUCACUUUUAAAUCACUUCCAAAGAGAACAAAGGGCACAACUUCAAAUCGUUCUAAAAAAGACUGUUUCUUUCUAGUUGAACAACUGACUUAUUUCUAACCGAAACUGGAAGAAUAAAACACAUCAAAAAUGUUAUUUUUUAAUAAAGCAGUUUAUAGACUCCUGUA